AUGCGUUGGAGGUUGUGCCCUCGAGGUCCUGGCGGGGCGGCGGCCCUGGUGGCAGCCCAGAGUUUGUGGGGGCCGCCCCGCAUUCCUUGUCGCCCGCGAUGGCGAGGGACAACAAGGAGGCUUCUGGUGCGGUCAGUCGCUGGGGCCAGUAACCAGCUGACGAGCCCGGAUAGCGGCAAAUACCGGGACACGGUGCUGCUGCCGAAGACUAGCUUCCCCAUGAAGCUGCUGGGCCGCCAGCAGCCGGACACGGAGCUGGAGAUCCAGCAGAAAUGUGGAUUUUCAGAACUUUAUUCAUGGCAAAGAGAAAGAAAAGUAAAGACAGAAUUUUGUCUUCAUGAUGGACCUCCUUAUGCAAAUGGUGACCCUCAUGUUGGACAUGCUUUAAAUAAGAUAUUAAAAGACAUAGCCAAUCGAUACCACAUGAUGAAAGGUUCCAAAAUACAUUUUGUGCCAGGCUGGGAUUGUCAUGGGUUGCCUAUUGAAAUAAAAGUAUUAUCAGAACUUGGUGGAAAAGCUCAGAAUCUUUCAGCUGUGGAAAUCAGAGAGAAAGCUAGAGCAUUUGCCAAAGCAGCCAUUGAAAAACAAAAAUCAGCAUUUAUUCGUUGGGGAAUAAUGGCAGAUUGGAAUAAUUGCUACUAUACAUUUGAUAGAAAAUAUGAGGCUAAGCAGUUGAGGAUUUUUUACCAAAUGUAUGAAAAGGGCUUGGUUUAUCGCUCUUACAAACCUGUGUUUUGGUCUCCUUCAUCAAGGACUGCAUUGGCUGAAGCAGAACUUGAAUAUAAUCCUGAGCAUGUCAGUCGUUCAAUAUACGUAAAAUUCCCUCUCUCAAAACCUCCUCCUAAGUUGGCAUCUCUUAUAGAUGGUUCCUCUCCUGUUAGUUUUUUAGUCUGGACCACCCAGCCUUGGACAAUUCCAGCCAAUCAGGCUGUUUGCUACAUGCCAGAAUCAAAGUAUGCCAUUGUGAAAUGUUCCAGUUCUGGAGAUUUCUACAUACUGGCUGCAGAUAAAGUAGCAUCUAUUGCUUCUACUUUGGGAACAACCUUUGAGGUUAUUUCAACAUUUUCAGGUGUAGAUUUGGAAAAUGCUACAUGUAGUCAUCCUUUAGUUCCUGAUAAAGUCUCUCCUCUUCUACCUGCAAAUCAUGUGACCAUGACAAAAGGAACAGGAUUGGUUCACACAGCCCCAGCUCAUGGUAUGGAAGAUUACGCUGUCGCAUCGCAACACAGCCUGCCCGUGGAUUGUUUAGUGAAUGAAGCUGGAAUUUUCACAGAUGUUGCAGGUCCUGAACUUCAAAACAAGUCUGUGCUUGAAGAGGGAACUGAUGUGGUUAUAAAGAUGCUUCAGACUGCAAAGAAUUUGUUGAAAGAAGAAAGAUUGGUCCACAGCUAUCCCUACGACUGGAGGACUAAGAAACCGGUGGUUAUUCGUGCCAGCAAGCAGUGGUUUAUAAAUAUCACGGAUAUUAAGACUACAGCUAAGGAAUUGUUAAAAAAAGUGAAAUUUAUUCCUGGUUCUGCACUGAAUGCCAUGGUUGACACACUGGACAGGCGGCCAUAUUGGUGUAUAUCAAGGCAAAGAGUUUGGGGUGUUCCAGUUCCUGUGUUUCUCCAUAAGACGAAAGAUGAACACUUGAUCAACAGCCAAACCAUCGAGCAUAUUAUUAAGCUCGUGGAACAACAUGGCAGUGAUAUCUGGUGGACUCUCCCCCCUGAGCAACUUCUUCCAAGCGAAGUCUUAUCUCAGGUUGGUGGCCCUGAUGCCCUGGAGUAUGUGCCAGGCCAGGAUAUUUUGGACAUUUGGUAUGACAGUGGGACUUCAUGGUCUUAUGUUCUUCCAGGUAGUGACCAAAGAGCAGAUUUGUACCUGGAAGGAAAAGACCAGCUUGGGGGCUGGUUUCAGUCUUCCUUGCUAACCAGCGUGGCAGCCAGGGGAAAAGCACCUUUUAAGACAGUGGUUGUUCAUGGAUUUACUCUGGGAGAAAAGGGAGAAAAGAUGUCCAAGUCUCUUGGGAAUGUCAUUAAUCCUGAUGUUGUCAUCAAUGGAGGAAAAGAUCAGAGCAAAGAGCCUCCUUACGGUGCCGAUACCCUUCGCUGGUGGGUGGCUGAGUCCAACGUCUUCACGGAGGUGACCAUUGGCCCGUCGGUGCUCAGCGCUGCCAGGGAUGAUAUCAGCAAGCUUAGGAAUACACUCCGCUUUCUUUUGGGAAACGUGGCUGGCUUCAACCCAGAAACAGAUUCCAUCCCUGUUAAAAAUAUGUAUGUCAUAGACCAGUAUAUGCUGCAUUUACUUCAGGAUUUAGCAAACAAGAUUACCGAUGCAUACAGACAGUAUGAUUUUGGCAAAGUUGUUCGGCUACUACGAGCGUUUUAUACCAGAGAACUCUCUAACUUUUAUUUCAGCAUAAUCAAAGAUAGGCUUUAUUGUGAAAAAGAAAACGAUCCCAAACGGCGCUCAUGUCAGACUGCGUUAGCUGAAAUUUUGGAUGUAUUAGUUCGUUCUUUCGCUCCCAUUCUCCCUCACCUGGCUGAAGAGGUAUUCCAACACAUACCUUAUCUUAAAGAACCCAAGAGUGUUUUCCGUACCGGGUGGAUCAGCACAAGUUCUAUCUGGAAGAAGCCCGGGCUGGAGGAAGCAGUGGAGAGUGCGUGUGCAAUGCGAGAUUCCUUUCUUGGAAGCAUCCCGGGCAAAAACGCAGCUGAGUAUGAGGUUAUCAUUGUGAUCGAGCCUGGACUGCUUUUUGAGAUAAUAGAGAUGCUACAAGCUGAAGAGACAUCCAGCACCUCUCAGUUGAAUGAAUUAAUGAUGGCUUCCCAGUCAACUUUACUGGCUCAGGAACCACUAGAGAAACCUGCAGAUGUAAUUGAGCUUAAAGGGACAUUCCUCAUCAAUUUAGAAGGUGGGGAUAUUCGUGAAGAGUCUUCAUAUAAAGUCAUUGUCAUGCCAACUACCAAGGAAAAAUGCCCUCGUUGUUGGAAGUAUACAGCUGAAUCUUCAGAUACACUCUGUCCCCGAUGUGCAGAGGUCGUGGGUGGAAAAUAGUGCUCUGGUGCCAAUAGCUUUCUGAGCAAGAACCCUCUUGACACUACCGACUAGGAGUCUAAUGGACUGUGUUCAACACUGGAAAGAAAUCCAAAAUUUAGGUUAACGGUGGAAGAAUAAGUAUUGUAGGAUGAAGGUCAAAAUCACAAUCAUAAAAGAGGUAUUUCCUGUAACUGAAGAAAGAAUAAUGUAUAUAUACAUGCAGAUAUUAUAUAUAUGUAUGUCCAUAAUGGACUUAUUCAGAACAUACACUGAAUGUGCUUGCCUUCAAAUACGGCUGAGCAGAAAAUAUAUUUUAUAAAUUGUUUUGACUCAAUAUUUAAGUACCAUGAUGUCUGAAAAUAAAGGCAUUCUGGAAAACCGA